GGUAACUAAUUCACCACCAGCCUUCGAGGAAAAGUUGACAGAUGCAAAGUGUCCUGUGUGCAUGAAAACGUUUCCUCUUCUGGAAUUGGAGUUCCAUGCAAGCUUUUGUGGUGACUUGGAAAGUUCAGAGUCCCUUCAGACAAAGAGCCCUGAUAUAAUGAAGCCAGACAAUGAAGAGAUGUCAUGUGAGGAGGAUGUCCUACGAUGGCUAGCUGCUCAAGUUGACACCUCCAAGGAUUUCAGCAUCUGUGUGUCCAGAAUUAACCUUGUGGAACGAGGUCUGUUACUUUGGAGGCGACAAAAGAUCAGCUCCCCGGUCAACACUUUAAAGAUUACUUUCUUAGGAGAGGCUGGAGUUGACACAGGUGCUCUACGAAAAGAAUUCCUGACAGAACUGAUUGGUGGCAUAGAGACCAGACUCUUCGAAGGAGAGGAGGGCAAAGGCAAAAUGCCGAAAUAUUCAUUGAAUGAUCUUGACAAUGGCCUGUUUCGAGUUGCUGGGGAGGUCUUUGCUGUUAGCCUUGCCCAGGGUGGCCCAGCUCCAAGAUUUCUUCAGGACUGGUGCUACGAUUUUCUGUUGAGUGGAACCCUUGAAAACGCUAACAAGGAUAAUGUUUACGAUGCUGAGUUUUCACCACUGAUUAAAAUGAUCGAGGAGGCCUCAGACUUAUCAUCUUACAGUGAACAGAUUGUCAACUGUGGCUACACGGGGCCUAUAAAUGAGGACAACAAGCAGAAUAUAACAAGAGCGAUUGUAAUGCAUGCUGCUGCUCGAAGAACACUCAUGCUUCAGCAGCUCCGUGAAGGUUUGCAGCUUUACCGUUUAAUUGACACUAUGGAAAAGAACAGGGAAGUGUGCCGCAGCCUCUUUGUUGUGCAAGGUGGUAAUGAUAAGGUGGACUCUCAUUACAUUGUAUCCCAUCUUGCUCCACAAAUGAGUGAGAGAGGCACUCUAAAAUAUACCAAAGAGGUCCAAAUACUGAAUCACUUCCAGGAUUUUCUGAUGGAGCUUGAAGAUGGAGAUGCUCAGGAUGAGGCAGCACUCUCUGUGCCACAGGUGAUGCAGUGGCUGACUGGUCAAGCGCAUAGGCACCUGCUUCUGUCAGAGAGAGAGGCCUUUAAAAUUACUGUUCAGUUUGACCACACUUGUAUGCAACGACUGCCAAGCCACACACUUUGCUAUCCAAUCAUCAGUGCAUGCACCCAAACCAUUACUUUUCCCACUGCACAUCUGUCAAAUUGUAAUGAAUUUAAAGAAAUAAUGAAAACAGCAGUGCAACACGGAGGUUGCUUUUAUAGGGUGUAGAUUUUAAAAUGAACUCCAAAUGUUCACAUAGUCC